UACAAUAAGCGAGCGCUCGCAAGGCAGCAGCCCAGCGCGUCGCCUCGGGCCCCCGUCGCCCGCCCGCACCUACCUGCACGCGCGUGGAGAAACCCGGGCGGCUUUCGUCGGGACAACGGCCCCGAGCGCGGAAGACCCAGCGCCGCUGUGCUGAGCGAGGAGAUCCUCGGUUUCGCGUAGGGGCUGAGGAAUGUCUAACGCUAACGAGAUCCAGAUGUGCCCGCUUGGCAGCCCGCGGAUGAAGCACUACCGAGGGGACGCAGGAGCCGCGCUAUCAAGUUGGAUUUGAAGAACUGACUGAAUGAGACAGAAGAUCUCUGGGAAAAGUAUGGACAUUGGCACCAGGCAGCUCAAACACACCUUUUAACAGUCCCAGAAAACACUGCGGAGACAAUGAAAGUACGUCUCAAAGGGGAUGCGAUCUGUACCCUUUUCCUGGUGGUAGCACUUGGCUCUUUACUCUAUUCCCAGCUAGAGCACUUAGCCCCGGCAGGAAACAAGGAGCUCACACACAAGAAACCUUCAGUAACACAGAGAAUUUUCUCUGAUCCCAAAGCGCCUGGCCGACCUGUGCCAGUGGAGGCAACAGUACCCAGACCCCAAAUAAUUCCUAUGGUUAGACGAGCAGAGGUGGCUAGUAACAGGGUCCAAACUACAACUUCACCGCCACUGACUGAUUCUACCUUCAACUUCAAGCGUUAUCUCCUAAACAAAGACAACAGGAACUUCAAUCUUCUCAUUAACCAGCCCAAGAAAUGCAGGAAAAUACCCGGAGGUCCCUUUCUGCUCAUUGCUAUCAAAUCGGUGGUUGAAGACUUUGACAGACGUGAGAUCGUCCGUAAGACUUGGGGCAGGGAGGGCUUGGUGAAUGGGGAGCAGGUUCAACGAGUUUUCCUCCUGGGAACACCAAAGAACAGGACAGUGUUGGCAACAUGGGAGACCCUUAUCCAUCAGGAGAGUCAGACAUACAGGGACAUUUUACUCUGGGACUUCAUGGAUACUUUCUUCAAUUUGACCCUGAAGGAGAUCCAUUUCCUGAAGUGGGCUGCUGAAUUCUGCUCCAAUGUGAAAUUUAUUUUUAAAGGUGACGCUGAUGUUUUUGUCAAUGUAGAGAAUAUUGUUGACUUCCUUGAGAGACAUGACCCCACUGAGGACCUCUUUGUCGGGGAUAUCAUCUACAACGCCCGUCCCAUCCGUGUCCAAAAGAGUAAAUACUAUAUCCCAGAGACCAUGUAUGGGCUAAGCAUCUACCCAGCCUAUGCAGGAGGAGCGGCACUGCGCGGGGCAGCAGGAGGAUCUGGGCUCUCCCCGGAGCAGUUGGGCAUGUGCUUACAGAGAAUCAAUCUCAAACCCAUUUUGCACGAAGGAUUCAAGACCUUCGGCAUUGUCAAGCCUUCUGCUGCCCCGCAUCUACAGACGUUUGACCCCUGUUUUUACAAAGAUCUCAUGGUAGUUCACAGUCUAAAAGUUGCUGAGAUUUGGCUAAUGUGGAAUCUGCUCCACAGCCCUCGGCUUUCCUGUACUCAGAAGAAGCAGGUGAAGAAGCCUUUCCAGUGGAAAAAGAAAGUUCAGACAGCAACACAGGCAUCACCUUUCUGAUCCUGCAGGCAGUCUGCAGCAGAAACACACGGCAAACCAGCUGAGCAAGGGAACCAGAAACUGUUGCAACCAAACACACUUUAGAAGUAGAGUAUUUUAGCACAUCUUAUUUACUACAUUAAGAGAAGAGGACAAACUAUUGCAGGAGUUUGCCAAAAUUCCACAUUUGCACACGCAUACUAUAUAGUAGUAGGUCCUUCUUCGCUAAUGAGUCAAAAUAAUCGUAACAAUAUCUUUAAUUUAUUAUUAUUUAUUAGACUUGUAGUAGUGCUUAGAGGGCCAAUGUGUACAAACACAUUGUAAAAUGCAAUCCUUAGAGAUUUUUCAGUAUUGUUAGAAAUGCGACACAUGGGAAGAGAAAGACAGGGUAAGAGAUCAUACCGAAGAGCACAAGGAUGGUUGUCAACUUGUUGCCUUGAUUGGAAUCACUCGGACUCAUUGAGAAAUUGCCAAACACAGUAACUAGAGUAAAUGAAAUCAUGCCUCCCCAGUGAAUGCUCAAAUCAACUCUCCGCUGCCUUGGUGGUUUUCAAAAGAGAGGCGUCAAAAGAGAAGAAAAGAACAGAGCUACUGAAAGAGGGUCCCAGUUAAGGUGGACUACAAGAAAACAAACCGGAGGUCGAGGGCUGGCAUGGCUGGUUGAGCAGAGGACAGGUAAGUAGGUAGUUGGGAAGGGGCAGAAGUCUGAAGGGCCUUUAAGGAAAGGAUAAGAAGAACUUUCAGCUCAUCCCUCUUUAUGUCUUGGUUUUCCAUUAUUCAUAGCAGCACAUCAGUUGAAAUACCUGUCCUACUGAUAUACUGUCAGGAUGCCAGGGGACCUGUCUGUGGCAUUUUGGGGCGCUCAGGCUCUCUACGCUAUCGGCUGACUGGCACUCCGUGAGAACUCAAAGUCAUCCAACAGCAGCUGAUCUUCAGAAAGUUUGUAUCUGGAGAGCUCUAUUUUGGCCUUUUCCUGGUGGGGGCAAAAACAUACAGAACUGCUGUUUGUGUCACAUUCAGGGAGCUUCUCCAAACCAAAGGAAAACUUACUAAUGGACUGGGCUCAUUUCUACAGACCCGAGCACUCUUGCACUGCAUGCAGCCAACUACAAAGAGCAGCUGAGACUUUUGAGAUCGCUAAGCAUGUAAGGUGAAGGGUUAGGGUAUCCUUCGGACAAAAGGGUUUCAAAACACAGAAGCCUUUCUAAAGGCAUUGCAAAAAAGCAAAAACACACAGCAAUCUUUCUGUUGGUAGAUGCCUUCCCAUGUUUCAGUUGCCUCUGUACAGUUACAUCUGUAACUGUAGGCAUUUGAAGCAUCAGACAAGGUGACUGGAUUGAUUGCUCCGUUUUUCAAACAACGGUCAACACGUAAGCACUUAGACCUGGUUAUAACGUUCCUCCCGCUCAGCUGUAGUUUGGGCUCAGUUCUCAAAUUAACUAUGCACACCACGGAGGAAAACAAGUUGGUAGUAUCUUUGGGUAUGAAAAAUUAAAGGUAUACAGCAAUAUGUUAUCUUCAUCUUACUGUUCAAACCUUAUGAUAACGUAUUUUCAGGGGGAGGUAGAAAUCAAAGGGCCACGAGCUGAUCUGGGAUAUUUUCAGGAUGACACCUUGAAAUACAAAAUGCUCACAGGAGCUUUACGAGUAGCUCUGCAGGGUAUGGAAAUGAGCCUUGCUGAUGGGAGAAACACAGGCGCUCUCCUGUCUGAAGAUUGUGUGAUAGGCAUGUAUUUACGCGCUUGUACAGAAAUGUAUUAUCUGUGAUUCGUUUACAAGUUGGGAAAUUAUUUAUACUAUAAUUAAAAGUUAGCAA